UAGAGUUGUCCGUCAUGAGGCACCUACCGUAUUUCUGCCGCGGGAAGGUGGUGAAGGGCUUCGGCAGGGGCUCCAAGGAGCUGGGCAUCCCCACCGCUAACUUUUCUGAGCAAGUAGUCGAAAGCUUUCCAUCUGAUAUCUCUACUGGUGUAUACUAUGGUUGGGCCUGUGUUGGAACUGGAGAUGUGCAUAAAAUGGUUUUGAGCAUAGGAUGGAAUCCUUUCUAUAAAAAUAUUAAGAAAUCUGUGGAAACACACAUUAUUGACACUUUCAAAGGUGACUUUUAUGGUGAGAUUCUUAGUAUAGUUAUUCUUGGAUAUAUUCGAUCAGAAAAAAAUUUCACUUCUUUAGAGGCACUCAUUUCAGCAAUUCAGGAAGACAUUGAAGAGGCAAAAAGACAGCUAGAUUUACCAGAACAUCUUAAACUCAAAGAAGACAACUUCUUUCGUCUGCCGGAAGGCAAACCAGUAAACCACUAAGCAAAACCA